AUGUCACAGUUUUGCGGAUAUACCCUUCAAAUCGAACUCAAUGAUUCCUCGUCUACGGUCUUGAACGGGACGAUAACCGACAUUCAAAACAAAGAUUUGGUGUUAUCUAGCGUAACUUACGCGAAUGGAGUUGAGCACAAGGAUAAAGACAUGCUUAUAAAAGGCUCUGACAUAAAAGACUUGAAGGUUCUGGCUUUACCUCCGAGGAAGAAGAAAGAAAAGAAGAAGAACAAACAAGACAAAGAAAAUGAAAAUGGUGGUACUAGAUCUGGAACACCGACAGCGACAGGAAAACUCAAGAAUAAGAAAGAAAAACCAAAAGCUUCUCAAGAUCCUAAUUUGCCGUAUAAUUACCGGUCUAACGAGAUUGAUUGGCAGCAUGAGAAUCCAGGGAGACUGAAGGAGAUGGAAGUUUUUGAUUUUGCUUCCAAUCUACAAAAAUUUGAUAAGCAGUCAGUUUUCAGAGAAUUGUCCAAGUUAGACAAGGUCGAUCCAACCAAUAGACUUGUCGGCCAUAAUAGAACUAACGAGAAAGUGAAUUAUGACAAUACAGAGAUGGUACUGGAUAACAAGGAAAAAGAUGAAUGGGAUCAUAUUAUUUCCAACUCAGCUCGUGAACACAAAAUCUCUGGUUCCCAAGAAAUUGAGAGUAGAACAUACAGCGGUAACUCAGAGAUUGUCCAUCAGCGCAAAAGUGCCACACCAGUCUUGGGAUCAAGCAUCAAAUUGUUUUCAAAGGACAGAGAACCAGUUCCGACGUGCUCUCCGAUACAACUGGCAGAUGUUCUUCAACUAAGUUCUGACAACUUUGGACUGACCGAUCGUCAAUUGACAUCUGAUACAGGCAAAAGUCUAGCGGAGCUAAUUAUUAAAGAAAUAACAGGCGAUUUUAGGUUAUCGAAAAUGAACCAUAAUUCACCACCCUUGAUGUUGAUACUUGCAGGCAAUAAUAUAACUGGAGCCCGAGCUCUUUCGGCUGGAAGACAACUGUUCAAUCACGGAAUAAGAAUACUAGUUUAUGUCCUACACGAUUUUGAGCAUUCUGAAGAUGAGAUUCUUCCAUUAGUGAAGGAGAACCUCGACAUUUUAACGAAUAUCGGAGGAAAGCUGGUCAGCGACACCAGGGAACUUAACUCUGUGUUGGAAAAACUCGAUUCUCCAUUAGAAUUGAUAAUCGAUGGACUUCAAGGUUACGAUACGAACUUGAGUGAUUUACUUGAGCCAGAAGUAGAUCGGUCGAAAGAGAUAGUUGAAUGGUGCAACAAGUGCAACGUCUCCAUACUGUCUUUAGACAUCCCAUCAGGAUUAGAUGCUUCUUCGGGCACGGCAGACUUUGACUCACAUAUCUUCUGCAACUAUUUGGUCUCCGUCGGAAUACCUUUGAGCUCCAUUCUAAGUCUCUAUCGAUUUGGCUAUUUCACAAGAGAGGAAUUAAAACAUUUUGUUGUCGAUUGCGGAAUUCCUAAAAAAGUGUUUACUCUUAAAUCGAAUCUCAGGAAGCUGGACAGAUACUGGUUUACAACAGACUGGUAUGCUAGCCUGGAAGUUGAGUGA